AAAUACUUAAAAAAAAUUAACAAACAUUUUUUUUCGUCCUGGAAGCUUCUUGAACUUUCCCAAAACGAGCGCUUCCACCCCACCGCUGCCCCCUCGUAGGCUUUUCGGCAGCCUCCCUCCGCAACCAAAACGAAAAGCCUCUCUUUCUCUCUCUCUUUCUUAUCCAUCUCAAUCUUCAGUUUUUUAUAUAAUUUUUAAUGGCUAAAUCUCCGAAUCCGGAAGGGAAGACCGGGGUUCGAAUCGUGGUAGCCGGAGACCGAGGCACUGGAAAGUCGAGCUUGAUUGUAACAGCCGCUGCCGACACUUUCCCGACGAAUGUGCCCCGGUUGUUGCCGCCUACUCGGUUGCCGGAAGAUUUCUACCCCGACCGUGUUCCAAUCACCAUCAUCGACACCUCCUCGAAUCCGGAGGAUAGAGGUAAACUGGCAGAAGAGCUGAAGCGAGCUGAUGCGGUUGUGCUUACUUAUGCGUGUGAUCAGCCUGAAACUCUUAACAGAUUGAGUACUUUCUGGCUUCCGGAGCUUCGCCAAGUAGAGGUGAAGGUGCCUGUCAUAGUAGUAGGCUGUAAGCUGGAUUUAAGAGAUGACCAACAGCAAGUGAGCUUGGAACAGGUGAUGUCACCGAUAAUGCAACAGUUUCGGGAGAUUGAAACUUGUAUUGAGUGUUCAGCAUAUAAACACAUUCAGAUCCCUGAGGUUUUCUACUAUGCACAAAAGGCAGUGCUUCAUCCAACAGGCCCACUAUUUGAUCAGGAAUCACAAACACUGAAGCCACGGUGUGUGAGAGCCUUGAAGCGGAUUUUUAUUCUCUGUGAUCACGACAGGGAUGGUGCUCUUAGCGAUGCAGAAUUGAACGAUUUUCAGGUCAAAUGUUUCAAUGCUCCAUUACAACCUUCGGAAAUAGUUGGUGUGAAACGGGUUGUUCAAGAUAAAUUGGUUGAAGGAGUCAAUGAACGCGGUCUUACGUUGACUGGUUUUCUAUUUCUUCAUGCACUAUUCAUUGAAAAAGGACGCCUUGAGACAACAUGGACUGUCCUGAGGAAAUUUGGAUAUAACAAUGAUAUCAAACUUUCAGAUGAUCUAAUUCCAUAUUCUUCAUUUAAACGAGCUCCUGAUCAGAGUGCUGAGCUGACAAAUGAAGCUAUCGAAUUCCUGAGGGGAGUCUAUGAAUUGUUUGACAAUGACUUAGACAAUAACCUUCGGCCAAUUGAAAUUGAGGAUGUUUUCUCAACUGCUCCAGAAAACCCUUGGAAUGAUGUUCCAUAUAAGGAUGCUGCAGAAAAAACUGCAUUGGGAGGGCUAUCACUUGAUGCCUUUUUGUCGGAGUGGGCCCUUAUGACACUCCUAGACCCAGCUUGUAGCUUGGAGAAUUUGAUAUACAUUGGAUAUCCUGGUGAUACAUCCUCUGCCAUCUGCGUGACUAAGAGAAGGCGUCUAGAUCGAAAGAAGCAACAAUCAGAAAGAAACAUUUACCAGUGCUUUGUUUUCGGUCCAGCAAAUGCUGGGAAGUCUACAUUAAUGAAUUCUUUUCUUGGCAGGCCCUAUUCUGAUUCAUAUUCUCCAACUGCUGAUGAGCGAUAUGCUGUGAAUGUUGUGGAACUACCUGGGGGAAUAAAAAAAUAUCUAGUCAUGCGAGAAAUCCCUGAAGAUGGAGUUGCCAAACUGCUGUCUAAUAAAGAGUCAUUGGCUGCCUGUGACAUAGCAGUAUUUGUUCAUGACAGUUCUGAUGAGUCUUCAUGGAAGAGAGCAACUGAAUUGCUUGUGGAUGUCGCUGGUCAUGGUGAAGAUAAUGGUUAUGAGUUGCCUUGCCUCAUUGUUGCUGCUAAAGAUGAUCUGGAUUCAUUUCCAAUGGCAAUACAGGAUUCUACCAGGGUUAGCCAGGAUAUGGGGAUAGAGGCACCUAUACCUAUCAGCUCAAAAUUGAGUGAUUUCAAUAACAUAUUCAGAAGGAUAGUAAACGCAGCUGAGCAUCCUCAUUUGAGCAUUCCUGAAACUGAGGCUGGGAGAAGCCGGAAGCAGUACUAUAGGCUCAUAAACCGUUCUCUCAUGUUUGUUUCGGUUGGAGCCGCUGUAGCCAUUGUUGGAUUGGCAGCUUACCGUGUAUAUGCUGCAAGGAAGACUGCCUCCAGUUGAGGGUUGAAGAUUCAUCCAUCUCCAAGACAGACACAGACCAUGCUUUCUCACAUUUUAGCGACCCGGUAAUAUAUGCUUUGUCAAAUCUGUCUGUAGAAAAAAAAAGCUGCAAAAUUCUACUGUCAUUUUAGGGGUGGAAGAGUUUGAUCUGUAAAAUAUUAAGAGAGAAAAAUGGUUGGACAGAGUUGUUGUGCAAGGCUUGUGCAAUAAAAAUUUUGCUACAGAUUUUAAACCAUUUUGUUGCAAUGCUUAUUGCUUCGCUGUGUACUUUUUGUCAAACAACUUUGGGUCUUUGUUGUACAUGAUUAGAUCUUUAGAUCUGAUAAUUUAGAAUAGAAUAUGAUGAUAUGAGAUAAAUAUAA